GCGAACAUGGCCCUGGCGGCGCGGGCGCUGGGGUCCCGCCGGUGCGCCCUGGCCGACCGGCUGGGUGGGCGCCUCUGGCCACCGCUCCUCGCACAGAGCCAGGCUAGCUUCGUGGAGUCGGCGGGAGGUCGGGGCCCGACGGCGGCCACCCGCAAGGGGAGCCCGCGGCUGCUGGGGGCGGCGGCGCUGGCCCUGGGCGGCGCGCUCGGGCUGUACCACACGGCGCGGUGGCACCUGCGCGCCCAGCCCCUGCGCGCCCAACGCUCCGCCGUGCAGAUGUCCCUCUCCAGUCGCCUGCAGCUGACCCUGUACCAGUACAAGACAUGUCCCUUCUGCAGCAAAGUCCGUGCCUUCCUCGACUUCCAUGCUCUGCCCUAUGAGAUAGUGGAGGUGAACCCUGUGCUCAGGACCGAGAUCAAGUUCUCCUCCUAUAGGAAAGUGCCCAUCCUGAUGGUCCAGGAAGGGGACAGCUUGAAACAACUGAACGACUCCUCUGUCAUCAUCAGUGCCCUCAAGACCUACCUGGUGUCGGGGCAGCCUCUGGAGGAGGUCAUCACCUACUACCCUCCUAUGAAGUCCAUGAAUGACCAAGGCAAGGAGGUGACAGAGUUCUGCAACAAGUACUGGCUCAUGCUAGACGAGAAGGAAGCCCGGCAGAUGUAUGCGGGGAAGGAGGCCCGGACGGAGGAGAUGAAGUGGCGGCAGUGGGCAGAUGACUGGCUGGUGCACCUCAUCUCCCCCAACGUGUACCGCACGCCUGCCGAGGCCCUGGCGUCCUUCGAUUACAUUGUCCGUGAGGGCAAAUUUGGGGCCGUGGAGGGUGCCAUGGCCAAGUAUGUGGGUGCCGCCGCCAUGUACCUCAUCAGCAAGCGCCUCAAGAGCAGGCACCACCUCCAGGACGACGUGCGGGAGGAUCUCUACGAGGCUGCCAACAAGUGGGUGGCAGCAGUAGGCAAGGACCGGCCCUUCAUGGGGGGCCAGAAGCCGAACCUCGCUGAUCUGGCGGUCUACGGCGUACUGCGGGUCAUGGAGGGUCUGGAGGCCUUUGAUGACCUGAUGCAGCACUCACGCAUCCAGCCCUGGUACCUACGGGUGGAGGAAGCCAUCGCCCAGGUCCCCCCUGCUCACUGAGUGCCCUACUGCGCAGAAGGAAGGAGGCGGGAGAGGCCAGCCCUGCACUGCUGUGUGUAUAUGGGGGCCCAGAGACAUUUACCUCUUUUCCACCCUGCCCCUAAUUAUCUACUACUGACACUGGAUACCUCAGGGUGCUGGGAAUAAGGCCCAGGUUCAAUUUCUGCCCACAACCAUGCUGAGGGUAAUGAGUGGGGUGCGGAGGGGCAGUCACAGAGGGUUGGCCUCCCCUCCCCACAGAACCCCAGGGAAUCAGCCCCUCUAUCCUGGGCCUAGGCUAGGGCUCCCCUAUAGUGGAUCGCACUGGGUCCUGCCUGGCCAAGGUGGUGGGACAGUGUGCAUUAGGGAGACCCCUCCCAGACUUCCCUAGCUUUUGGAACGUUCUUCCCAGAUCUCCCCUGGGACUCUCGUUGUAUUUGCAAUAAAGGAAAUGUUCUGUUGCUCCCUCCUAGGGGGUGCUGUCUUGGA